AUGCUACCUAGACAUAGAACUAGAAUACUUAUUAUAGUACUACUAUGUUUAGUAGGUUAUCAAUUAUUCACCUCCUCAUCAUCAUCAUCACAACGGAUAGUACCAUCUAAUUUACAUGAUAUCAUUGAAGACUCUUUAGCAGAACCAAUAAGACAACCACCACAAAGACAUAAACGUCCUGUACCUGGUCAAAGACUCGAAAAUCCUCCAGAUGAAAUAAUCCCAGAAGCAGAACCAAACGGAGAUCAACUUGAAGAAGAACUUAUUAAAGAUACUUCCAAGGGAAUAAAUAACGAAGGGCUUAAGAACUCAAAUGAAGAUCAUAUCAAACCACCAAUUAAAGAUACUCCAGCUAAGGACAAACCAAUCAAAGAUGAAGCAGACGGUAAGAUAAUUACACCGGAUGAGAAACCUCUCCAGCCGGAAGAUAAGCAAGUUAGUCCCGACAGCGGGCCUCUGAAACCGGUAGGUAAACAAGGUGUUUCCAAUGAACAACCGCUUAAACCAAUAGACUUUGCUGAUGUUAAAUUCAAAAUUAAAGAUUUCACAAUCUUCUUUGAUAAAAUGGAAGAUUACGCCAUUAAUCAACCUUCAAUCAAAAAUAAAUAUAAAACUGUUAAAGCGGCUGAAAAAUUCGCUACUCAUAAGGAUCACUUAUUUAGUAAAGAAUAUUUGGAAAAUGUAUUGGAUAUACCUGAAGAAACAUAUAAUGCAUUAAAAGAUAGUCAUCAUCGUUAUGUUCAUAACCGUAUACCUCAAUUGAUUGAUGAAUAUGGGAUUAAAACAUUUGGAAAUAUCCUCCCAACUGAUCCUGAAUGGGAAUCGUAUCAAGGUUCUUCAGGAUAUGUUAUUGUUGGCGGAGGUCAAUAUAGUUGGUUAUCAUAUUUAGUUAUUAAACAACUUCGAAAAACAGGAGCAAAAUUACCAAUUGAAUUAUUUAUUCCUACAAAAAGUGAUUUUGAAGCUGAUUUUUGUGAAAAAGUCUUACCUAAAUUAAAUGCAAGAUGUAAUGUCUUUGAUCCAGUAUUAUCAAGUCAACUCAAAAGAAGAUUCAGCCUUGGAGGAUUCCAAUAUAAAAUGUUAGCCCUUCUUAGUUCAAAAUUCGAAAAUGUAUUAUAUCUCGAUUCCGACAAUUUCCCCACCAAAAACGUCGAUUAUUUAUUCACAUCCAAACUCUUCGCCGAUCAUCGUCUCAUGCUUUGGCCAGAUGCAUGGGCAAGAACAACCAAUCCCAAAUAUUACGAGAUCGCCGAAAUCAAAGUCCCAGAAAAUAAACUCAGAUAUUCAAACUAUGAUAAAGAAAAUGCCCCCGAUAAAAACAACCUCCCUCCAUUAUCUUCCUACACAUUCAAAAACUCCUGGUUUCAUGAUUUCGAAAACACAUUACCCGACCCCACUUCCGAAACCGGCAUGUUGCUCAUCAACAAAUCAACCCAUCUAAAGACAUUAUUGCUCUGUUUGUAUUACAACGUAUACGGACCCCAUUUCUACUAUCCAUUAUUCACCCAAGGAUCUGCCGGGGAGGGGGAUAAAGAAACCUUCAUCGCCGCCGCUCAUGCCAUGAAACAACCCUGGUAUCAGACCAAAAAGCCAUUCAAAUGGACAGGAUAUGUUUCUCAACUAGAUAACAAAUUUACAUCAAAGGCAUUGGGUCAUUACGAUCCUAUCCAGGCGGAAGAAAUCUCAAUUGCCAAAGAUCAGGGGAAGGAUGUGGAGGAAGAGGAUAAGGUGGAUAUCAUCUUUAUGCAUUUAUCAUAUCCGAAAUUCUAUCCUGAUUGGUUAGCAAACAAUCAUGAUCUCAUUUAUGAAAAAUCAGAAGAUCAUAUUCGAAUGUAUGGCCAGAUUAAAGAGAAUGUAGGUUAUGAUUUUGAUUUACGUGUAUUGCAAUUCUUCACUGAGGGGUUAUGUGAGAAUUAUUAUGAUGAAAACGGGAAGCCUGUGGAUGGAGAAGCUGGGGUGAGUAAGAAGGAGAAUUACAUGGGGGAUAAAUUGUUAUAUUUGUUGAAAGAUCAGCAGGUGAAUGAAGAGAGGUGUAGGGAUAUUUUUAUUCCUCAUUUGAAGUGGUUGAAAGAAACGGCAGGUAAGAGUCGAUAG